AUGGCAAGAUUUAAUAAUGAAGAAAUUUUAAACUCGGUAGGAUUACCAAGUCAAUUAUUACAACAAAUCAAAAACAAGGAAAACAAGGGUGAUUAUGACGAUGAUGACAGUGAAGAUAGAUUUACUAAAUUUGAAAAAAUCAGAGGAACAAAACGGAAAUCAAAACCAAUAAGUCGAAAAGAUAAAAGAAAACAAGAAAGAGAAUUAAAGAAACAAAAGAGAGUAAAGAAAGAUACACAUCCUCAAAAGAUUCAGCCAAAGAAACAAAAUGAAAAUAAACAGGAUCCACUUGCGUUGUUAGCAACCAAAAAGAACAAAAGCAAAUCCAGAAAGAUAGAAGAAGAUAAUCCUUUGGAGGCAUUACGAAAAUUAAAAGAAACUAAAAAUAAUAACAAUAAGACCCCAAAAGCAAAAAGUGAUAUUAAAAUUGUCAAAGAAGAUGAAUUAUUGGACGAUGAAGUAUCUGAUUUGGGUUACAGUGAAGAUGACUUCAGUAGCGAAAAUGAAACAGAUUUCGAGGACGUUGAAAACAUUAACAUGGACCCAAUGGAAGCAUUGCGUGCUUUAAAGCAGAAGAAAAAUGGAUCAAACAAAGCAUCUUCAGAUAUUAGAAUAGUAAAAGAAGAUGACUUGGAUGACGAUGAUAUAUCAGAUUUUGAAGAGGCAGAAGACGAGUUACAAGAAGACAACGAUCCCAUGGAGGCUUUGCGUUUAUUGAAGAGUAAAAAGAACAAAUCAGCUAAGACCUCUGAAAUAAGAAUUGUAAAGGAGGACGAGUUAGAACAAGAAAAUGAUGAUGAGGUUUCCGAUUUGGUUAGUGAUGAAAAUUUCGAUGAUCAAGAGGAAGAAGAAGACUUUGGAGGUUUUGAAGAUGCAAGUGAAGGUGAAUCGGAUUUUGGUUUUUCAGAAGAUGAUGAAGAAGAAGAAGACCCAUUAGCAAAAUUAAAGGCUAUAAAAGAGGCCAAAAGAAAUGGGAAAUCUGAGAAAACUAAGCAGAAACAAGAAAAAGAAGUAUAUCCGAUUGAUCCUCAUUUGCAAGAGCAAUUCCGUAAAGAUGAUGAAGACAUUGAGUAUUAUGCAAAAAAAUUGGGUCUCAAAAAUGGGAAAAAGUCCAAACUUUCUAAAACUGACGAUGAUGAUAUUAUCGGAGGACUUUUGGAUGGCCUAGACCUAGAUUUUGAGUCUGCAAUGGAAAACAUAGAUGAUACAACAGAUGAUCAUAUUUCUGAAGAGGAUGAAGAGUAUUCUAGUGAUUAUUUGGACAACUCGAAAAAAGUGAAGGAAAACCCAUAUGUGGCACCUGGACUGGAAGAAACCAAAUCUUCCGAGGAGCUGGAAAUAACACCACAAAGAUAUAUUCCACCGGCAUUGAGGAAAAAAAUGGCAUUAGAAGCAGGCGAAGGUGUUUCAGAAGAAACUCUUAAAUUAAGGAAAUCAAUCAAAGGUCCUCUCAAUAAGUUGUCCGAAGCUAACAUUAGUUCCAUUGUCAGUGAAAUAAAUGCGUUAUAUUUGUCUCAUCCUAGACAGGUAUUGAAUGAAGAAAUUACAAAUAUUAUUCUUAGCAGUAUUGUGCAACAGGGAAGACUUUUAGAUACAUUUGUUUAUCUUCAUGCAACUGUUGUUGUGGCACUUUAUAGGUUACAAGGAGUUGAAUUUGGAGCACAUUUUAUUCAAACUAUUGUGGAGAAAUUUGAGACUUAUCAAACCGAUUCUUCAAAAACAAAAGAAGCAUCGAAUAUAAUUUCAUUGUUGUCCUCGGUAUAUUUAUUUCAAUUAGUGUCGUCUAAAUUAUUGUAUGAUUUGAUCAAAGAAUUGAUUAAUAAUCUUGACGAAAACAACGCUGAUUUAUUAUUGAGGUUGAUUCGUAAUUCUGGGAAUCAAAUGCGUUCUGACGAUCCAUCAGCCUUGAAAGAAAUCGUUUUGUUAAUAAAUGGAAAAGUCUCAACCUUACCGAAGGAUUCCAUUAACACAAGAACUCAAUUUUUAAUUGAAACAAUCUCGUCGUUGAAAAAUAAUAAAUUGAAAAUAGUAAAUGAAGCAAAUCAUCAGUUAUCUGUUAAAUUGAAAAAGUUUUUGGGUGGAAUCAAUGAAAAUAAAUCAGGUGACCCAAUCCAAGUUUCAUUGCAAGAUAUCCAAAAUGUGGUCACUAGAGGUAAAUGGUGGUUAGUUGGAUCAGCAUGGAAAGGUCAUGAGACAGAUAAACCCAAAGAUGAUGUAGAUAUUGUGGCCAUGAGUGAUAUCUUGGAUAAUGCCGAACCCAAUUGGAUGGAGUUGGCCAAAGCGCAAAGAAUGAACACUGAUAUACGUCGUGCAAUAUUUGUUUCCAUUAUGUCAGCCAACGAUUACAUUGAUGCUGUCACAAAGUUAGAUAAAUUAGCAUUAAAAAGAAAUCAAGAGAGAGAAAUACCCAAAGUGUUAAUUCAUUGUGCUACCAUGGAACCAUCUUGGAAUCCUUAUUAUGGUGUUUUGGGUAACAAGCUAUGUGAUUCGCACUCCUUCAGGAAAACUUUCCAAUUUAUGUUGUGGGAUUUGAUCAAAGAAUUGGAUGGAGGAAGUGCCGAUGACGAAGAAGAGGAAGAUAAUUUCAUUGGGUUUGAUUCAUUUGAUGAGGAAAAUAAAAUGAAAAGAAUAUUGAACUUGGGAAGAUUCUACGCGUUUCUUUUGGCAGAAGGUUCUAUGCCGUUGCACAAUCUCCGGACAGUAAAUUUCUUAACAGCUUCAAGUGAUACCGUACUAUUUUUAGAAGUGUUGUUGGUCAGCUUCUUCGACCAAGUUGGUAAAAAAUCUCGGAAAAAUUCAGUUGGAGGUGGUUUGCAAAGCAAAGCUCAAGGAAUGUACGAGCAAAAAUAUGAUGAUAGAUUAUUAGUUGAGCGUGUUUUGAAAGCUAAAGAUCAAACUACUAUGUUAAGAGGUCUACAAUAUUUUGUACAGCAAAAAGUUAAAACAAGUGAAGUUGUCUCUGGAAAGAAACAAUUGAAAAGAGUAGAAUGGGGGGUAGAUGCCUUGUUUGAUAUAAUUGACGAAUUUUUAAAAAAUUCGGAAGACUGA